CAGUAAAAUUUUCAACGAGGAAGAAUGCAUCAUUCGUAUCAUGUAAUCAUAACAUGACGAAGGUUAUCGUGAAUAUUCAAGAUAUAAACAUGACCAACGUCUGACAGGAGCGCUGUUUUGUCUAAUUUAGGAAGCCAGGUCGUGAUGAGCGUCCCAUGCUUUGUCUCCGCCGCUACUCGGAGCUUCAGCCUGCCGAGUCCUGCCGCCGGGGUGCUGUGUUGGCGGCUGCUGAGCCCCAGUUCUGCCACGAGAAGAAAUAUGUCCUCUAAAAGACAAAUCGACCACAUAGAGAGGACAGCGAGCAACUAUAGACAAAAUACUCUGUAUCCAGGUCAAGUAUGUGGAAUGAUAAAUGAGUCUGAGACAGUAAAGAGACUGAGAAUAGCCGUCAAUCCAGACUUUGGUUUCAAAGCGGGACAAUGGGUGGAUUUCUUCAUCCCUGGUGUGGAGAAGGUGGGAGGUUUCUCCAUGUGCUCCAGCCCAGGUUUGCUGCAGCGGGAGGGGGUCAUUGAAUUGGCUGUUAAAUACACCAAACACCCCCCAGCACACUGGGUCCACACUAUGUGUACAGUAGGAUCCCGGGUAGCCAUGCGCGUCGGUGGGGACUUCUUCUUUGACCCAUCGCCCUCUGACCCCCCUGUGGAUUUGCUGUUGGUGGCUGGUGGUGUAGGGAUCAAUCCCCUCUACUCUAUUCUGUUGCACACCACAGAUCUGCUACGUCUCAGUCGAGCAACUGGUCCCGGCUACAACAUCGGCUCUGUCCAUCUCUGUUAUAGUGCUAAGAACACUCAGGAACUUCUCUUCAAAAGUUCUGUUAUUGAGACAUGUAAAGAGUUUCCUGACAAGUUCUCCUGCAACUUCCACAUCACACAGCAGAGCGCAGAAGUCGAUCCACUCCUCCAGCCAUUUGUCAAAAGUGGAAGGAUCACAGAAGAGGAGUUGCAGGCUCUUGUAGACCCACAAAGGACUUUGUGUUACUUGUGUGGACCCCCACCCAUGAUAGAAGCUAUUUCAAAAAUCCUCAUGGAGUUCGGCCUCUCGAAAGACAGAAUCCUGUUUGAGAAGUGGUGGUAGGACCCCAGACGAUUCCCAGAAACCAACAGGGGUUGCCUUCCUCGCUUGUGCUCUUUUUCUGUCAUAAUCAAGAGGGAGGAAGGACAGGUUGUGGAGAAAAUUGAAAAUAACUUCAAUUUCUCAGUGACCUGGAUAAAAAGAACCGUAGAAUUUGGAAAAGUUCAACCUCCUAUCCUUGCUGCUGCAAGGUUUGAGGUCUAAAUUGCCCACAGGACUCACCCGCUCCUCAGCUUGCAACUAAUUCAGAGACUGCAUAAAUUUAUUUUAUUUCCUGUGAUAUAACCAGUGAGACCUCUGUAACUUCAGCCUCCUUUUGUUGGACACAUUUCCAGCAAAUACCUACACUUACUGUGCAAACUUGCCAUAAAGUCUCCCUUUUUUUUUUUUUAUAAGGGUUUAUGUGCUGUUUCCAUUUAGCUGCUGCACCUGGAUGAA